CGCCCAUGUUCUUCUUCCUGCUCAACCUGGCCCUCAGCGACCUGGGCUCCAUCUGCACCACUGUCCCCAAAGCCAUGCACAAUUCCCUCUGGGACACCAGCACCAUCUCCUACACAGGAUGUGCUGUUCAGCUCUUUUACAUUAUGUUCUUCAUCUCAGCAGAGCUUUCCCUCCUGACCAUCAUGUGCUAUGACCGCUACGUGUCCAUCUGCAAACCCCUGCACUACGGGACCCUCCUGGGCAGCAGAGCUUGUGCCCACAUGGCAGCAGCUGCCUGGGCCAGUGCCUUUCUCAAUGCUCUCAUGCACACGGCCAAUACAUUUUCCCUGCCCCUGUGCCAUGGCAAUGCCCUGGGCCAGUUCUUCUGUGAAAUCCCACAGAUGCUCAAGAUCUCCUGCUCCAAAUCCUAUCUCAGGGAAUUUGGGCUUCUUGCUGUAAGUGUCUGUUUAGGAUUGGGAUGUUUUGUGUUCAUUGUUUUCUCCUAUGUGCAGAUCUUCAGGGCCGUGCUGAGGAUCCCCUCUGAGCAGGGACGGCACAAAGCCUUUUCCACCUGCCUCCCUCACCUGGCCGUGGUCUCUCUGUUCCUCAGCACUGGUUUAUUUGCCUACCUGAAGCCCCCCUCGAUGUCCUCCCCAUCCCUGGAUUUGGCAGUGUCAGUUCUGUACUCGGUGGUGCCUCCAGCCCUGAACCCCCUCAUCUACAGCCUGAGGAACCAGGAGCUCAAGGCUGCAUUGAGGAGACUGAUGACUGGAUGCUUUCAGAAACAUUAAACUGCUGACCAUUUUCCGCAAAUCACUUGUAAUAAAACUCAGCUUUGAUACUUCUUGUUGGUUUCAUUUUGGAAGUUCUUUUUCCUUUGUUUUAGGUUUUUCAGAUUGUCCACAAAGAAAUGUCAUUGUUUGUGCCAUUUCUCAUUUUGUUUGCCUCCACCUUCCCUGUGGCCACAGACUGUGUCAAUGAGGGGCUGCGCUCUCGGUAGCUUUAAAGGAACUCAAGGAUCUCCCAGCAAAGUUUUCUGCAGAGAUGCCCUUUUGUUGCCUUCUCUGGAGCUGCAGCAGCAAUGUCUGUGUGCAGAGCUGGGGGCAGAUCAGUGCUGGCACAGCAGCUCUGGACCUGCUGGCCACACCAUUCCUGAUCCAGGCCAGGAGCCAUUGGCCUUCUUGGCCACCUGGGCACACGGCUGGCUCAUGUCCAGCCUGCUGUCCAUCAGUCCCUGCAGGUCCCUUUCUGCCUGGCUGCUCUCCAGCCCCUCUGUCCCCAGCCUGGAGCGCUGCAGGGGUUGUUGUGGCCAAAGUGCAGGACCCGGCACUUGGACUUGUUAAACCUCACCUUGUUGGAUUUGGGCCCUGGAUCCAGCCUGUCCAGAGCCCUCCUACCCUCCAGCAGAUCAACACUCACACCCAACUUGGCAUCAUCUGCAAAUUUGCU